UAAGUUAAAAGAAAAAUCCACUUAGGUAACAUCUUCAUCACAUAAUUACAUGAUAAUCAUAACCAUUUUAAAUGAAAAAAAAAAAGAAAAAAAACAACAAAGCACAAACCUAUUGAGGCUAGUGUCAGCUAGUCCGCUACAAUGAAUUGAAAGAAAAAAAAAUCAAAUAAUUCAUUUAGAAGAGAGAGAAAAUAAUCCAUUAUUUAAAAUAAAAACCAAAACUUAAAAAUAAAACUGAGUACCGCUAAAGUUGAAGAGAGAAAAUAAGAAGUAGAACUGUAGAAAUAGAUUUAGAAGGUAGAGUAAAUAGAAGUUUCGCCGGUCUCCGGUGUCGGGGUGGGUCACAGGUGGUUGUCGGCAGCCUCAUGGGUCGCAGCAGGUGGUCGCCGAGAAGGAAUCAAGGAAUCUUGGCUUCUUAAUUUCUAGGGUUUUUGAUAAAUCAACUUGAUGUAAGUAAAUUUGGGGAUUUUUUUUUUAAAAAAAUUGGUGGAGGUUUUCAAACUUACCAAAUAGGAUGAAAUACCCAUACAACCCCUAGAUUAACGUCUUAUAGAAAUCAAGAAGAUUAACUUGAAUUUUUUCCAGGCCUUGUUGUCUGGCUAAGGAAUUUCCCCCAAAAAAUAUCUGACUGAAACAACCUCACUCCUUCCCUCCUCAGUCCUCACUCUCAAAACCCCACCCAAAUCCUUUCUUCUCACCUGAAUUUUCAAGUUCAAUAUAGCUGGAAAUUUAAGAGUAAAAUAUCCUUUAGCUAUGGUUGCAGCAAGUUCAUCUUCCAUUUGUGCAAUAAAUUUGUUCUUUAGAGUGAAGGGUCAACAAUUACUUCACCCAAGAUGUCAAGAUGCUACUUUUACCAUGCUGAAUGUGCCCUGCUUAGGAAGAAGUAUCAAAGGAUUCAAAGUUGACCAGAUUAAUGCUGGCAGAAAGAAGGGUUCUUUGUUUGCAAAGGCGAGUAAGAAGUCUGAGGAAUCAGUCCCUUCUUGGGCUAAGCUUGACUCGGAUGAGCCACCCCCUUGGGCUCGUGAUGAAGGCAAGUCAAAUGAACUUAAGGAGGGAUUUGAGGUCCCUUUCUUUGUUUAUUUGCUUGCCUCGGCUAUUACUGCUAUAGCUGCUAUUGGUUCAAUAUUUGAAUAUGUCAAUCAAAAGCCUAUUUUUGGACUUUUGAACUCGGAUAGCGUUUUCUAUGCUCCUUUGCUGGGAUUUUUCGCAAUAACUGGAAUUCCAACUUCGGCUUUUCUUUGGUUCAAAUCCGUUCAAGUUGCCAACAAGGAAGCAGAAGAACAAGAUAAGAGAGAUGGUUUUUGAUAGGGCCAGAGGUUAGGGCUUUAGUUCUUGUUUUAUGUACCAUUCCUCAAUCAAUUGUAGUUUUACCGUGGUAAAUACCUCUACCCUGUAAUUAGCUAUACCUGGUUGCUUCCCUUAAAUUUCCAAGCUAAAUUUAUGAAAAUCAAAAUGCUUAAUUUUUGGUCACUAAUUGGUCACUUUAUGGUACCCAAAUGAACCUGUAUUUUAGGUGUCUGGCAUUAUUGAAAAUACAUGACACCACUCGAAUGUUCCCACUUCAGAAACCAGAUGCUCUUGCAA